CUGCUUUUUUGACAUGAAAUGAAUAUAUCCAUACAUCUCAGACUUCCUUUUAGGUUAUGAGAUAAUAAUUAUGAAAUAAUAAAAAGAUAAUAAGAUAUGGCAAAACCUAUACCCAAAAUUGGUUCGCGUAAAAAUGGACGUAUUAGUUCACGUAAACAUGCUCGUAAAAUACCAAAGGGCGUUAUUCAUGUUCAAGCUAGUUUCAACAAUACCAUUGUCACUGUUACCGAUGUACGGGGUCGGGUAAUUUCGUGGUCCUCCGCAGGUACUUGUGGAUUCAAAGGUUUGCGAAGGGGAACACCAUUUGCCGCCCAAACCGCAGCAGGAAAUGUUAUUCGAACAGUAGCAAAUCAAGGCAUGCAACGAGUAGAAGUCAUGAUAAAGGGUCCCGGUCUCGGAAGAGAUGCGGCAUUAAGAGCUAUUCGUAGAAGUGGCAUACUCUUAAAUUUUAUACGGGAUGUAACCCCUAUGCCACAUAAUGGGUGUAGGUCCCCUAAAAAACGACGUGUGUAA